AUGGAUAUUGGCAACGAACACUCUCUAGUGGACCCGGAAGAUGCGACGACUAGGGACACCGACGAGGAAGAAGACGAAGACAUGGGAGGGCUGAUGUACCUCGUAGGGCGAAUGACAAGCGUCGAAGAAGUGCGAGAGUAUCGCCUGGACUACGAUCCUUUGGGUCACCUUCAAGAGAGCGAGACAUCGGCUAUGGAAUCGACAGCAGAGAAGACAAGGUUCGAAAUGGAAAUGGCCCCCCACCCGGGGACCAGCAAUAUGGAGACCGCCGACGACGACCAAGAGAGGAGCCAGGCGAUAGAAGAGAGGCGUGGAGGGCAGCAGGGAUGUGUGCUGCGCAGGUCUGGAAUUAUGGUUGCCAACCUGGCACCUUCACAACACAUUGAGCAGGCUGCAGGCCCAACGAUCUGA